AUGUCUCGUAACCAACCCUCGUCAAGCACAACACCUCCUGCCUCUCCUUUUCUCGAUCCCCAGUCACAUACCAGCUCACGACAACAACGUCCUACAUUCCACUAUACUAACACCAAUGCACAUAUCCCGAACCUCUACCCCGCAUCUCAUAUUUCCCGAUCCAGUUCAACCAGUGAUUGGCCAAACGAAAAGGCUCGACCACUUGAUUCUGGUGUUCGUCGGGCACGAUCCGUAGACCGGACCAAUGCACCACUGCCACUACAACACCAGUCUUCACUCUCGGUUGACGACCGGAGCCGGCCUCUCCCGUCAACCUUGGCAUUGCAUUCCCAUCCUCCUCCCACACGCACUCCCUUGCCCCGCUAUCCAUAUGCCCCCACACGAUCUCCCCAUCCUCUUCGUCCGGAGUAUACACAAGAAUUAAGAAUAGGCGGGAGCACUUGCACUUGCGACGUGCCUGACUCUCUGAAGCCAUGGAUCCCAAUGAUGAUCUGGGCGCUUUCCAGUAUUGCGUUCUUGGUUGCAAUCACCUAUUACAAGACUGAAGUAUUCACAGGCUUGGAUGAGCUGUCUCAAUGGCUACAGGUUCAAGGAUACCAAGGGCAAUUAAUACUCUUCUUCCUGAUUUUCGUCACGACUUUCCCUCCUUUACCUCUUUACUCUACACUUAUUGGGCUAUCGGGUUAUUGUUUUGGUGCCAUGACAGGCGCUGUCAUAUCCUAUUUCGCUGCACUCAGUGGCGCACUUGUAGUAUUUCUUUUGUCUCGGACCUUCCUUCGCUGGCAUAUUGCUCGUCUUAUAUCCCACUCUCCUUCUUUCAAGAGGAUCCUACGUGCCAUCGAAAAACGACCGUCACUACUCUUCCUCAUUCGACUAGCACCAUACCCGUACAAUGUCAUGAACGUGCUCCUUGCAUCCUCUCCUCGACUUACCCUCACUACUUACACUGCCUGUACCGCACUCAGUCUCUUCAAAGUCAUCAUUCAUACCAGCAUUGGCGCAAGUAUCCAUUCGUUCGCUGAUUACCAUAUGCGAGAAGGCGCUAAAGAAGAUGAAAAUUCGGGCCUUGGACGGGCGUGGACGAUUAUCGGAAUCACGCUCUGUGUGAUGUUGUUUAUGUACCUCUCUUGGGUCGCCCGCCGGGCCGUGGACGAACUCGAUGAUGAAGAUGAGGUAUUCGGGGGGCGCGGUCCCGUGACCCGUAGUUUAGCGCCAAUGCGGGGAAGGCGAGAUGACGAGGAAGCGGUAGCAUUCCUCUCGCCCGCUGUAAUGGAUGAGUCGGACGAAUUCGUCAACGGCGGUGCACGUUCGAGAGAGACAGAUAUGACCGAGUCCCCAUUCAGGGAACGUAGUUAUCCGCCCACCGAGAUUAACCCGUCGCCAAACUCCAGGUUGUAUGGCGGUAGUAGUUGA